UUCAUUUCAUGAGUCUUUCCUUCUCUACGUCUUCUUUUUUCUAAGCUUUCUUCGCCCUCAGGCAUUUCUUUCUUCUUCAAUUCAUUUAUUUUCCUAACUAACCAAACUCUAACCAAGAUUUCCUAUAACCGAACCCAAAACCUCUGGUUCAUUUAUCUGAUCAUUAGUUGGUCAAAUUUUAAAUGCGUAUUAAAUAACUUAAGAGCGAAUUAAUUGUGGGAAUUGAAGCAAAUUAUGGAGAACGGAGAGGGUGUUAAGAACGGAGUUUGUUCUACGGAGUCGGUUAACGGAAGCUGCGAUGUUUGGAGUUGUAACGAGUCUGAUUCUUCUUCUGCUGAUCAUCUUGUUAUCAUGGUCCACGGUAUUCUUGGAAGUGCCUCAGAUUGGAAGUUUGGAGCGGAGCAGUUUGUUAGAAUGCUUCCUGAUAAAGUAAUUGUUCAUUGUAGUGAACGUAAUGCGUCAAGGCUGACUCUUGAUGGCGUGGAUGUGAUGGGUGAGCGGUUAGCUCAGGAGGUUCUUGAGGUGAUUCAAAGAAAGCCAAAUUUACGAAAGAUUUCCUUCAUUGCACAUUCUGUGGGAGGGUUGGUGGCGAGAUAUGCAAUUGGGAGAUUGUAUAGACCUCUCAUAGAUGAAAAUUUAGGAGAGUCACCAGCUGAUAGAGAGGGCUUGAAGGCUACAAUUGGUGGCUUGGAAGCUAUGAACUUCAUCACUGUUGCUACACCCCAUCUUGGUUCAAGGGGGAACAAGCAGGUACCUUUUCUUUUUGGUGUAAAUGCCUUUGAGAAAGCUGCAGGCCUUGUUAUUCAUUGGAUAUUCAGGAGAACAGGCCGACACCUUUUUCUAACUGAUGUUGAUGAAGGAAAACCUCCAUUGCUUAAACAGAUGAUAGAAGACUAUGGCGAUUGCUUUUUCAUGUCUGCUUUGCGCACAUUUAGACGUCGAGUUGUGUAUUCAAACGUGGGUUAUGACCAUAUUGUGGGCUGGAGGACAUCAUCAAUUAGGCGUAACAGUGAAUUGCCAAAGUGGGAGGAUCAUUUGAAUGAAAAGUAUCCACAUAUUGUAUAUGAAGAACGCUGCAAGUCCUAUGAUUCUGAAGGAACUGAUCUUAUUUUAACAGAGGAAAAUAACUCUGACAAGAUUGAAGAGGAGCUAGUGACAGGUCUAUCCCGAGUGUCGUGGGAAAAAGUAGAUGUUAGCUUCCAUAGCAGCAGGCAGAGGUUUGCUGCUCAUAGUGUCAUUCAGGUUAAAGAUAAUGUGAUGCAUAUAGAAGGUGCAGAUGUUAUACAGCACAUUAUUGAUCAUAUUCUUCUUUAGAUUAAACAACUUCUAGAUAUUACUUCCAUUUGGUAAGCUACAAUGAAAACUGUCUUAAACUUCUAUCUGGAUUUUAGACCUGUAUCGAAAAUGUGACUGUUGCAGGUUGAAGUUCAUCUACUUUUCAGUUACUCUGAACUCGACAAAGCCUGCCGCGAGAUCCACAAUUAAGGGAAAUUUUGUUUGUUUACCAAAUUAUUGUAAUUACAAUUAUACGAGAACACUUAUAAAAUGUAAUUAGUGCUAUGUAGUAAGGACUUGCCUUUUUCUUAAAGCAUGCAGGUAAAAAUGUCUGAUUUCUCUA